AUAAAAUAUAAAAGUUUAAUUAUCAAUUAUAAAUUAUAAUAUAAGUAACCUAUACUGCCGAAGUUAAAAGUGUAUCACAUAAUAUAAUUUCAAUCAUAAAUAACUAAUUAUAAUCCCACCGGCUGGCUUUUAAAUUAUGAUAUUUUUAGUAACUUUUAUUUGUAUAUUGUCGAACUAGCUUAAUAUUAAAAGUUGUUUUAAAAAUUGUAUUGUAUUUGUUUCUUUUGAUGUCAUAAUUGUCAAGAUAUCAUUGAUUAUUAAAUUUAUAAUGAUGGAACCAUUAAAAAAUCUUCAUAAACCAUUUGAUUUACUACCAGAUGAAAUGGUAGUAUAUACAUUAAGUUUUGUUGAUGCAGACACCCUUUUAGAUUGCAGACUUGUGUGCAAAAGAUGGCGAGAACUUAUAGAUGCAUAUGUGUUUCAAGAAAAAGCUUCACGAGAAAAUGAAUUUGUGAAUAAUGGUCGAGGGUACUACAGUUUCUCCCAAAUUGAUUCAAAUAGUGUCAGAAAACUGGAAUUGCCAUGGUAUGUGUUUCAUGUUAUAUGCAAAUAUGAUCCAUUCAAUAGAAAUUUAGUGAAAAACCACUGUGGACAAAAUGAAUACAAACAUUGGAAUAUUACAAAUGAUCAUAAUUGGUGGACUAUUGAACAAACACCACAAGGUGCACCUUUAUUACCUGAUGAUCCCGAUUUUGAUGGGCAUACUAGCUGUUUUGUAUCAACAUAUCGAUUAUGUUCAAAGAGGCAAAAAAUUGUAUUCAAAAAUUAUGGUUUGAAUGAUAUUGUGAUGAAAACUCUUCAACCAGAAAUUUCAGUUAGUGAAUGGUAUACUGGUCGUUUUGAUUGUGGCUGCAAAUACGCAUUAAGGGCAACUGUUCAUGAUGGAAAUGAUAGACUAAUAGAACAACACAAUUACAAUGAUGUUUUACCUCAGUGGGAGGCUAAUAUUUGGACAAAAGCUUCACAUUCAUUUAAAAAUCAGAGCAAUGCAUCCCACUUAAUUCUUUAUCAUUCUGGAGUUGACACACAGUAUUGGGCUGGUCACUAUGGUACCAAGAUAUCUGGCUCUGUAGUAAAAGUUUUACUACCAAUAAAAUUUAAAUGUGCCGCUUAGUCUUAAAUGCAUAUUUUAAUAAAAUGUGAUGGUAAAUAAUCUGCAAUAUGUUGCAAUAUUUCUGUUAAAAUUUAAAAUUAAUAAUUAUUAAUCACCAAAAGUAUGAAAUGUUGUAACAAUUGUAUGGUUUUCUAUAAAUUAUAAUAUAUUAAUAUUAUUAAUUAGGUAUGUCCAAUAUUUAUGAAUUGAAAGAUAAGAGAAGUUAAUAUUUUACUAUUAUAUUUACUCUAAAAAACUUUAAAUCUAGUCAGAAGUAUUAAUUUUUUUCUAUUAAUAUAGGGUGACCUAAUCAAAUUUUUGAUUUUAUAAAAUCUGGUAUAACAAAUUCCAACUUUAUCUUACCUUUUUUUAUGUAUUUAUUGUAUUGUAUGCAUAUUUUUGUGUGAUAACUGUUUAUUAAAAGAUUCUCGAAAAAAUUUAUCAACCAAUAAGUAAAAAUAAUUUAAAACCCUUUUUUACUUAAGUACUAUUGUAGUUUAUUAUGGGACAUUAUAAUGCUAUAAUUCUAAUGUUCAAACCAUGAUUACAGCAUUAAGUUCUGAAAAACUUCUUUGGGAUACUGAGGUUCGAGUAUCGAGUUCUAAAACCAUUAACACCCCAUAAAACCUGAAACGAUUGGCCACACUAUAUAAUAAUCAAUUAUUAAUAAUAUCAAUAUUAUCUAAAGAAUUCAUAGAAUAAAAUUAUUGUUUAUUGUUUUAUUUUUACAAAUAUAUUUAUUUGUAUAAUAUCGGCAUUGGAUGUUGGCCAAAUUAUUUAACUAGUAAGAUUUAUUGUGAUAAUAAUAUAAAUUUAAUUAAUCAUAGCA